AAAACAUGAAGGAAAUGAAGGAGCCAAGACAUCGCAAAGACAACAGGCGCCCAGACUUGGAGAUUUACAAGCCUGGCCUCUCCCGGCUGAGGAGCAAACUCAUGCUGCCAAAGCACGAGGCCUCAGAGAAGGAGAGGAGCAGAGCUCAGGAGGAGAGUGCCAGUGAUAAGGCCCCUUCAGGAGGAGGGGCUCCAGUCAUGGAGAAUUUUGACAGCGGUAACGGCCCCAAGCAGAUUGGUCCUUCACAGAAGAACGAAGAGACAGAGACUAAAGGUGGUCUUGAAAGCCAGGAGAACUUGUCCAGGCAUCUCGCUCCAGAUGAGUGGUGUCCCAAGACCACCAGGAGAACCAAGAAGCCAGACCAGCAGAUCUACCAGCCUGGGAAACGCCUGCAUUCAGCUGCUAAAGAACCGUCCCUGCGUUCAGCUGCUGAGGAGGUCACCAGUAAGAUGGAGCAGCUGAAAGUCGAGAGAGAUGAAGAAACUGAGAAAAGUACUGGAAAAGACACCGACAGGAAAACCAAAUCAAGCAAGGAGGGUAGCCAGGCAGGGGAAGGAAUGAAAGCCUCAAGGGGAGAAAACGGAAGACGACUAGAGCGAAGCGACAGGAUAAGGAGAACAAGCGACGAGGUGAUGCAGGGGAAGCUGGGCUCUACCAAACGGUACUCCCGCUCUGACAAGCGGCGGAGCCGGUACCGUGCCUGCAGCACAAGCUCAGCUGGAAGCAGCAACAGCGUAGAUGGAGCCCCACUUGUGGACGGGGUAGAGAGGCGGCAGGAGCGGCCCAGAGAAAGAACACGUCCUAGGAAGCAGCUCUCUGCAUCCUCCACUGACUCCUUGGACGAUGACAGAAUCGAUGAGGCAGAGGCAUAUGUCUCUAGCAGGAAUUUGGACAAGAAAAAACGUUCAGAGCAGAGUCGAGCUGCUAAGAGCGAGAGCGAGUGGAACAGCAAUGGCAGGGAAGUCAAGGGAUCCUUUCGAGUCACAUUUGACAGCAAGACUAUGAACAGGGAUAUCAGUCUGACAGAUGCAGAUAAAAAAAAGCCCCUGAAGGCGUUUGUUAGUUGCAAUGACUCAGAGGCUUGGGAGGCGAGGAGCCAGAGCAGAGAGCCCCAAGGGAGGGGCCGUGGGAUUCUGUUCCUGCCUGCCAACACGGACCUCUCUGCCAGCACCGCGGGCUCCGCCGAACCCAGUCACCCUGGGCCCAGACUCCUGCCUGGCGGGGCUGGGUGUAAAGGCCCCCGAAGCAGGGGCCGAGGCGGCACUGUUCGCAGGCUGUGGGACCCGAACAACCCGGACCAAAAACCCGCCUUGAAGAGCCAGACCGCUCAACUUCACUUUCUAGACACGGACGAUGAAGUGAGCCCCACCUCCUGGGGGGAAGCCCGCCAGGCCCAGACAUCCUACUAUAAGUUCCAAAACUCCGACAACCCCUACUAUUACCCGCGAGCCUCUGGCCAAGGCCCGCCGUAUCCUUACAGCGGGUACUCCUUGCAGUAUCCCAUGGGUCCAAGUAACGGUGUGUACCCAGGACCCUAUUACCCCGGCUACCCCGGCCCUGCAGGGCAGUACAUGUGCGGCCCGCUCCCUCCGGCUCCUCUGAGUCCUGAGAUGGAGCAACAGAUGCGGAACAUGCAGCAGCAGGAGCUCAGCAAACUCCUCCGUGAGGCUGGGAACCAGGAGCAGCAGCUCAGCAAUCUGCUUUCCAGAGACCGCAUCAGCCCGGAGGGGCUGGAGAAGAUGGCCCAGCUGAGAGUGGAGAUGCUGCAGCUGUAUGAACGGUGCAUCCUGAUGGAUAUCGAGUUCUCCGAUACCCAGAACGUGGACCAACUGCUGUGGAAGAACGCGUUUUACCAGGUGAUCGAGAAAUUCCGGCAGCUUCUCAAGGACCCUCAAGGGGAAAAUGCCCAAGAAAUUCGGAACAAACUGCUCCAGCUUCUAGAUGAGGGUUCGUCUUUUUUUGAUGCCCUACUCCAGAAGCUGCAGGUGUCGUACCAGUUCAAGCUAGAGGACUACAUGGAUGGGAUGGCCAUCCGCAGUAAGCCUCUGAGGAAAAUGGUGAAGUAUGCGCUGAUCAGUGCUCAGAGGUGUAUGAUUUGUCAAGGGGACAUUUGCCGAUACAGAGAACAAGCAAAUGACACCGCAAAUUACGGAAAGGCACGCAGCUGGUACCUGAAGGCUCAGCAAAUUGCUCCCAAAAACGGCCGCCCGUACAACCAGCUGGCGCUUCUGGCCAUCUACACGAGGAGAAAGCUGGAUGCUGUCUACUAUUAUAUGCGCAGUCUGGCUGCUAGCAACCCCAUCCUCACAGCCAAGGAGAGCCUCAUGAGUCUGUUUGAAGAGACAAAACGCAAGGCUGAGCAGACGGAGCAGAGGAAGCAUCAGGUGCUGGAUCUGAGCCCCAGCCGUCGAGGGAAGGGCAAGAAGUCCACAUUGCGACAAGUUGGAGAUGAUGCCACACGGCUGGAGAUCUGGAUCCAUCCUUCCCACCCCCGCUCCUCCCAGGGCCACGGGUCCGGCAGGGAUUCUGAGCAGGACAACGGUCUUGGGAACCUCAGCCCCAGCGACCUGAACAAAAGGUUCAUCCUCAGUUUUCUCCAUGCCCAUGGGAAGCUGUUUACCAGGAUUGGGAUGGAGACUUUCCCUGCGGUGGCCGAGGAGGUCCUGAGGGAGUUCCAGGUCCUGCUGCAGCACAGCCCCCCUCCCAUCGGAAGCACCCGCAUGCUCCAGCUUGUGGCAAUCAACAUGUUUGCAGUGUACAACUCCCAGCCCAAAGAGUGCAUCUCUGAAGACUGCCGCUCUGUCAUCCAGGAACAGGCCACGGCUCUGGGGCUCUCCAUGUUUGCGCUCUUGGUGAGGAGGUGCACCAGCCUGCUGAGGGAGUGCCUGCAAGUUCAGGCUCGAGAGGUGGAGCAGGAGGAUGAGGAGGACGACAUCAAGGUCUCUGCCUUGCCCCAGGACCUGAAGGAGCUGCUCCCCAGUGUGAAGGUCUGGUCGGACUGGAUGCUUGGCCACCCGGACACCUGGAAUCCUCCUCCAAUCUCUCUCGAGCUCCCCAAACAGGUCUCAGUAGAUGUGUGGGCGACGCUGGCUGACUUCUGUAACAUACUGACCACAGUGAAUCAGUCGGAGGUGCCCUUGUACAAGGACCCAGAUGACGACCUUGCCCUGCUUAGCCUGGAAGAGGAUCGGCUGCUCUCGGGCUUCGUUCCCCUGCUGGUCGCCCCCCAGGAGCCCUGCUACGUGGAGAGGACCUCGGACAAGGUUAUUGCAGCCGACUGCAAGAGGGUCACAGUUCUGAAGUAUUUCCUGGAAGCCCUUUGUGGACAAGAAGAGCCUUUGCUGGCAUUCAAGGGUGGAAAAUAUGUGUCA